AUGGCAGCCAAGAUCGAUAACAUGAACACCAGUGCUGCGGAGCAGAAGUUCUUCACCACUCUGUUCAAAUAUCUUCCCAAGACUCUUGACAUGGAUUGGGACGAUUUCGCCAAGGAGAUGGGAUUCAAGGACGUCACUAUUGCCAAGACCCGUUUUGGACAGAUUCGUCGCAAGUACGCUGUUGGCAAACAUGCGGGCGGCGCCACCCCAUCUCCUCUGAAGGCCAAUCCCCACAAGGUCAAGAAGCCCAAGGCUGCUCGAAAGGGUCGCGCCAAGAAGCAAGGCGCGGGCCUCGACUGGAGUGAUGACGACGAGAAGAAGUCCAUUUUCAAGGGCGCCCUGGAUGGAGAGAAGAAGGUCAUCAAGGGAGGCCGCGAUGAUGAUCAGAAUGGCUUCGUUAAGAAGGAGACUGUUUCUGGUGACGAGAAAUAG